AUGUUACCAAGAAAUGGCGGAACUCCCCUUCUGCCGGAAGGAAGCCGAGAUGCUAGUUAUCACCUGCAAAUAGAAUUCCAACCCAAAGCCAGCGCCGAAGCUGGUGUCAUGAACUCUCAGUCUGGAUAUUCUAAGUGCUUCGAUGACGAUGGCCGCCUGAAGCGGACAGGGUACAGUUUGGACGGCGUUUCCCACAUAAUCACGGCCGUGAUAGGGUCUGGUGUCCUUUCGUUGGCUUGGGCUAUUGGGCAGCUCGGUUGGGUUGCUGGACCCGCAGUCAUGGUGCUCUUUGCCUUUGUCAUUUUCUACACUUCAAACCUCCUAUCUCAGUGUUACAGAUCGGUUGACCCUGCAACAGGAAAAAGAAAUUAUACCUACAUGGAUGCUGUCAAGGCCAACUUAGGGGGAAAAAAGUUUUCAAUUUGUGGAGCCAUUCAGUAUAUAAAUCUGUUUGGUGUUGCAAUUGGGUAUACCAUUGCUGCUUCAAUUAGCAUGAUGGCAAUAAAGAGGUCCAAUUGUUUCCAUAAGAGCGGAGGGAAAGAUCCAUGUCACAUGUCAAGCAAUGAAUACAUGAUCGCGUUUGGAAUUACAGAGGUGGUGUUUUCUCAGAACCCAGAUUUUGACCAAGUAUGGUGGCUCUCUAUAGUCGCAGCAGUCAUGUCCUUCACCUACUCUACCGUUGGCCUUAGUCUAGGCAUCGCCAAGGUUGCAGAGAACAAGGGCUUCAAAGGGAGCCUGAUGGGUAUUAGCAUAGGGAAAGUGACUGGAACCCAGAAGAUGUGGAGGAGUUUGCAAGCUCUAGGAGCCAUUGCCUUCGCGUAUUCUUACUCCUUCAUCCUCAUAGAGAUUCAGGACACACUGAAAUCUCCUCCCGCCGAGCACAAGACAAUGAAGAAGGCUACUUUAAUGAGCAUCUCGGUAACUACGGUGUUCUACCUGCUCUGUGGGUGUAUGGGCUAUGCUGCCUUUGGAGACGACGCUCCUGGAAAUCUUCUCACUGGCUUUGGAUUCUACAAUCCUUACAGGUUGCUUGAUAUUGCCAACGUUGCCAUUGUCGUCUACCUCAUCGGUGCAUAUCAGGUCUACUGCCAGCCCCUAUCUGCAUUUGUGGAGAAAUGGAGUGUAAAGAAGUGGCCCAGGAGUGAGUUCAUAGGGAAGGAAUUCGAGGUGCCCAUCCCUUGGUAUGGAUGCUAUAAGCUCAACCUCUUCAGGCUGGUGUGGAGGACGAUAUUCGUGGCAGUAACCACAGUUAAAGCGAUGCUCAUGCCCUUCUUCAAUGUCGUGGUGGGAAUCAUGGGUGCGUUUGGGUUCUGGCCAUUGACCGUCUACUUCCCCAUCGAGAUGUACAUCGCCCAGAAGAAGAUUGAGAAAUGGACAGCGAGAUGGGUUGGGCUUCAAAUAUUGAGCUUCACUUGUGUGAUUGAUUAG